AUGCCCACAAAACUCAACCUCUGCAUCGGCUUCUCUGCCCCGGAACGCAAUCUUUACCAGAACUGGGUCUUGAUUCUCUCCACGGGCACCCCUUCCACCACCAGCAACAACAGCAUCCUCUCAACCCCACUCGAAAGCACAUACUACUACACCCUCAACAGCCAGGACACACACGGUAACCGCCUCGCCCCCAACAGCGCGUUCCAAUUCCGGCGCUUCGUCACAACAGCAACCUCCUUCCCCGCAUGGCCAAUCAACAAGAUGGAAAAAGUCUGCAGCAUCGACGCACACCACAAGAAAUACGUCGACAAAGCGGCAAGCGAGGGUCCGACGCAGAACUCGCAGCUAUAUAUCGCGCUGAUUCUGGAGCGGCUGGGGAAUUAUGGCGUUAUCCCGGGGCAUGUUGCGGAUCGGUGGGGGGAGAGGGUUGAUCAGAGGCUUUUGGCGCUCGCGGAGAUGGCAUCGCUUCGCGGGGAUGGGACGCUGGGGUUGACGGAUGAGGAGAGAGAGAGGAGGUGGAAGGAGUAUAAUGAUAAUCGCGGGGUGGUGUGUCGGUGGACGUUUGCGUAUUUGGUUAAGAGGUGGUGGUGGGUUGCUUGA